AAACCUAAUAAAGAGGUUUGCAUUAUCUGUUUCGACGACAUUGAUUCUGAUCUCAUGCUUUCAGUUGAUCAAUGCGGUCAUCGAUUUUGUCUCAACUGUGUGAAACAUCAUAUAGAGUCGAAGCUUCUUGAUGGAACGAUACCGAACUGUCCUCAGCAUCGCUGCAAGUCUCAGCUAACUAUUGAAAGAUGUGGCAAGCUUUUGACUCUAAAGAUGAGUUUAAUGUGGAAACAGAGGAUUAAAGAGGACUUAACUCCUUUUACAGAGAGGGUUUAUUGUCCAUACCCAAGAUGCUCGUAUCUAAUGUCCAAAACCGAACUAUCUUCAUCUUGUGAAUCAGUAGGAUUUAGGACAUGCUUCAAGUGCAAUGGCUCCUUCUGUAUCCACUGCAAAGUUCCAUGGCAUAGUAUGCUAUCUUGCACCGAUUACAAGAAAUCGCGUCGUCUUAAUGAUGACGGAGAGCUGAUAGAGAUUCUGGCGAAAAAACUUCAAUGGCGUCAAUGUGUCAAGUGCCAACAGAUGAUUCAACGUUCUGAUGGAUGCGGCCGCAUAACAUGCAGGUGUGGACAUGUUUUUUGUUACGAUUGUGGAGCUGAUUGGUACGGCUUAUUCCAUAAAGGUUGCUAUUCUCGGUUGGAGCAUAGAAUUAGUGUG